AGUCCUGCCAAUAAAAGCAAGGCUCAUCCCUGUGGAGGAGAACUCUAUUUCCAUACCCUGCAGCACAGCCACCUCCUUCUCCUGUGACUUUCCAGCCAUGAAGUUUCUUUACCUGUUUCUUGCCAUCCUUCUGACCAUGGAACCAGUGGUAUCAGUAACAGACUGUUGGAUGAAUGGACAAUGCCGGUUGGUGUGCAAAAAUGAUGAAGACAGCGUCACGCGCUGCUCAAAUCAUAAAAGGUGCUGUGUCCCUAGUCGUUAUUUGACGAUCGUACCAAUGACAAUUGAUCGAAUGCUCCCUUGGACCACUCCUCGCGGGAACAAACAAGUAGACUAAGGCCAAACCUGACAAUACAGGGAAGAUGCACGGAAAUCGUAGAUAGAAAUGACUUUGCUUAAGGUUCCUUAGUGCCUGCAUGCCAUUAAAACUCGCAAAUCUG